UCUCACCUGAUGAGCUAAAGACACGACCCCUAAGGACUGCCAGAGUGAGCACUGCCGACUGCCCGGUGACAGUGACUGACCCCAAAUAGAAGAGUGGCUGUCCUGGAAGCACCGUGCCUGGCUCAGAAUAAUGGACAUAAAGGACAGGAGGCACCGCUCGCUGACGCGGGGCCGCUGCGGGAAGCAGUGCCGCUACACCAGCUCCUCGCUGGACAGCGAGGACUGCAGGGUGCCCACCCAGAAGUCCUACAGCUCCAGCGAGACACUGAAGGCAUAUGACCACGACACCAGGAUGCACUAUGGAAAUCGAGUGUCUGACCUGGUGCACAGGGAGUCGGAUGAGUUUCCAAGACAAGGAACAAACUUCACCCUUGCAGAACUGGGGAUCUGCGAGCCGUCUCCGCACCGGAGCGGGUACUGCUCGGACAUCGGGAUCCUGCACCAGGGCUAUUCCCUGAGCACGGGCUCCGACAACGACUCGGACACGGAGGGAGGGAUGUCCCCGGAGCACGCCAUCAGGCUCUGGGGCAGAGGCAUCAAAUCCAGGAGAAGUUCCGGCCUGUCGAGCCGGGAGAACUCGGCUCUCACGCUCACCGACUCCGACAACGAGAACAAGUCCGACGAGGAGAACGGUCGUCCCAUUCCACCUACAUCCUCGUCUAGCCUUCUCCCAUCUGCCCAGCUGCCCAGUUCUCAUAAUCCUCCACCAGUUAGCUGCCAGAUGCCAUUGCUAGACAGCAACACGUCCCAUCAAAUCAUGGACACCAAUCCCGAUGAGGAGUUCUCUCCUAAUUCAUAUCUGCUGAGAGCGUGUUCAGGGCCACAGCAGGCUUCCAGCAGUGGCCCUUCAAAUCAUCACAGCCAGUCAACGCUGAGGCCACCUCUCCCUCCUCCUCACAACCAUUCUCUGUCCCAUCACCAUUCCUCUGCCAACUCCCUCAACAGGAACUCGCUCACCAAUCGCCGCAACCAGAUCCACGCGCCCGCUCCGGCGCCCAACGACCUGGCCACCACCCCCGAGUCCGUGCAGCUCCAGGACAGCUGGGUGCUCAACAGCAACGUCCCGCUCGAGACCAGGCAUUUCUUGUUUAAGACAUCUUCUGGAACUACUCCGCUGUUCAGUAGUUCUUCCCCUGGUUACCCGCUGACCUCAGGAACGGUUUAUACUCCACCUCCCAGACUGUUACCUAGAAAUACAUUCUCCAGGAAUGCAUUCAAGCUGAAAAAACCCUCCAAGUACUGUAGCUGGAAGUGUGCUGCUUUAUCUGCAAUUGCUGCUGCAGUCCUGCUUGCCAUCUUGCUAGCAUAUUUCAUAGCGAUGCAUCUCCUGGGGCUCAACUGGCAGCUGCAGCCGGCCGAGGCUCCGACCUUCAACAACGGGCUGCGCCCGCCCGGCGAGGACGGCCCGCCCGCGCCCCCUGCCGGCAGAGGACCAUGGGUCACUAGGAAUAGCAGCAUAGAUAGUGGAGAAACAGAAGUUGGCCACAGGGUCACCCAGGAGGUGCCCCCUGGAGUUUUUUGGAGGUCUCAGAUCCAUAUCAGCCAGCCACAGUUCCUGAAGUUCAACAUAUCCUUAGGGAAGGAUGCUCUUUUUGGUGUUUAUAUAAGAAGAGGACUCCCACCAUCUCAUGCCCAGUAUGAUUUCAUGGAACGUUUGGAUGGCAAAGAGAAGUGGAGUGUGGUGGAGUCCCCUCGGGAGCGUCGGAGCAUCCAGACCCUUGUUCAGAACGAGGCCGUGUUUGUUCAGUACCUGGACGUGGGCUUGUGGCACCUGGCCUUCUACAAUGAUGGCAAGGACAAAGAGGUGGUGUCCUUCAGCACAGUCGUUUUGGACUCAGUGCAAGACUGCCCACGUCACUGCCAUGGGAAUGGCGAGUGUGUCUCAGGUGUCUGCCACUGUUUUCCAGGAUUUCAUGGAGCAGAUUGUGCUAAAGCUGCCUGCCCCGUUCUGUGCAGUGGCAAUGGUCAGUACUCCAAAGGCACCUGCUUGUGCUACAGUGGCUGGAAAGGUCCAGAAUGUGAUGUGCCCAUCAGCCAGUGUAUUGACCCCUCAUGUGGAGGUCAUGGCUCCUGCAUCGAAGGGAACUGUGUCUGUUCUGUGGGCUAUAAAGGAGAAAACUGUGAGGAAGUGGACUGCCUGGACCCGACGUGCUCCAACCACGGGGUGUGUGUGAACGGGGAGUGCCUGUGCAGCCCGGGCUGGGGAGGAGUGAGCUGCGAGCUGCCCAGAGCCCAGUGCCCCGAGCAGUGCAGCGGCCACGGCUCCUACCUGGCUGACACGGGGCUGUGCACCUGUGACCCCAACUGGAUGGGCCCCGACUGCUCCGUUGAAGUGUGCUCCGUGGACUGCGGCACCCACGGCGUGUGCAUCGGCGGGGCCUGUCGCUGCGAGGAGGGCUGGACAGGAGCGGGCUGUGACCAGCGUGUGUGCCACCCCCGCUGCACAGAGCACGGGACUUGUAAAGAUGGGAAGUGUGAAUGCAGAGAGGGCUGGAAUGGGGAGCACUGCACCAUUGAUGGCUGCCCGGACCUGUGCAAUGGCAACGGGAGGUGCACGCUGGGCCAGAACAGCUGGCAGUGCGUCUGCCAGAGCGGCUGGAGGGGGCCGGGAUGCAGCGUCGCCAUGGAAACCGCCUGUGCCGACAACAAGGACAACGAGGGAGAUGGCCUGGUGGACUGCCUGGACCCUGACUGCUGCCUGCAGGCCACCUGCCAGAACAGCCUGCUGUGCCGGGGCUCGCGGGACCCGCUGGACAUCAUCCAGCAGAGCCACGCCGGAGCUCCUGCCGUCCGGUCCUUCUACGACCGCAUCAAGCUGCUCGUGGGGAAGGACAGCACCCACAUCAUCCCUGGGGAAAACCCCUUCAACAGCAGUCUUGUGUCUCUCAUAAGAGGCCAAGUGGUGACUACAGAUGGGACUCCUCUAGUUGGGGUCAACGUGUCGUUUGUCAAGUAUCCAAAGUACGGCUACACCAUCACUCGCCAGGAUGGCACGUUUGACUUGGUUGCAAAUGGUGGAGCAUCCCUGACGCUGCACUUUGAACGGGCCCCGUUUAUGAGCCAGGAAAGGACAGUGUGGCUGCCGUGGAACAGCUUCUAUGCCAUGGACACACUUGUGAUGAAGACAGAGGAGAACUCCAUUCCCAGCUGUGAUCUCAGCGGGUUUGUCCGUCCUGACCCAGUCAUCAUUUCAUCACCACUUUCAACUUUCUUUAGUGACGCUCCCAGCCGCAAUCCCAUUGUGCCAGAAACCCAGGUUCUUCAUGAAGAAAUUGAGAUCCCUGGCUCUAGUAUAAAGCUCAGCUACUUGAGUUCCCGCACUGCUGGAUACAAAUCCUUACUGAAGAUCAUCAUGACUCAAACACUUGUGCCACUGAAUCUGAUCAAAGUUCAUUUGAUGGUAGCAGUAGAAGGGCAUUUGUUCCAAAAAUCAUUUCAGGCAUCUCCCAACUUGGCAUAUACAUUUAUCUGGGACAAAACAGAUGCCUAUGGUCAGAAGGUUUUUGGGUUGUCAGAUGCUGUAGUGUCUGUGGGGUUUGAAUAUGAGACUUGCCCCAGUCUCAUUUUAUGGGAGAAGAGGACAGCACUGCUGCAAGGAUUUGAACUGGAUCCCUCAAACUUAGGAGGAUGGUCUCUGGAUAAACAUCAUGUACUUAAUGUCAAGAGUGGUAUAUUGCACAAAGGCAACGGAGAAAAUCAGUUUCUCACUCAGCAGCCGGCUGUGAUAACCAGCAUUAUGGGGAACGGGCGCCGCAGAAGCAUAUCCUGUCCGAGCUGCAAUGGUCUGGCAGAAGGAAAUAAGCUCUUGGCCCCUGUAGCACUGGCAGUGGGUAUUGAUGGAAGUCUCUUUGUUGGGGAUUUUAACUAUAUCCGGCGUAUCUUCCCCUCCAGGAAUGUCACGAGCAUACUGGAGCUGAGAAAUAAAGAGUUUAAACAUAGCAACAAUCCUGCUCAUAAAUACUAUCUGGCCGUGGACCCUGUUUCAGGCUCCCUCUACGUGUCGGACACCAAUAGCCGACGGAUAUACAAAGUCAAGUCCCUCACGGGCACCAAGGACCUUGCUGGUAACUCUGAAGUGGUGGCAGGGACAGGAGAGCAGUGCCUGCCCUUUGACGAAGCCAGAUGUGGGGAUGGAGGGAAGGCAGUGGACGCAACCCUAAUGAGCCCGCGAGGAAUUGCAGUGGAUAAGUAUGGACUCAUGUAUUUUGUUGAUGCCACUAUGAUUAGAAAAGUGGAUCAGAAUGGAAUUAUAUCAACCCUGCUGGGCUCCAAUGACCUAACUGCUGUUCGACCUCUCAGCUGUGAUUCCAGCAUGGAUGUCACCCAGGUACGGCUGGAGUGGCCUACUGAUCUCGCUGUCAAUCCCAUGGACAACUCCCUUUAUGUCCUAGAGAACAAUGUUAUUUUACGGAUCACAGAAAACCAUCAAGUUAGCAUUAUUGCUGGACGCCCCAUGCACUGCCAGGUUCCUGGUAUAGACUACUCUCUUAGCAAACUGGCUAUUCAUUCUGCACUUGAAUCAGCCAGUGCCAUUGCCAUCUCACACACAGGAGUUCUUUACAUCAGUGAGACAGAUGAAAAAAAAAUUAAUCGGCUACGCCAGGUAACUACCAAUGGAGAAAUAUGCCUUCUUGCAGGGGCAGCUUCAGACUGUGAUUGCAAAAAUGAUGUCAACUGUAAUUGCUAUGCUGGGGAUGAUGGGUAUGCCACUGAUGCCAUCUUAAAUUCACCAUCUUCCUUAGCUGUGGCCCCAGAUGGUACCAUCUACAUAGCUGAUCUCGGAAAUAUCCGCAUUAGGGCUGUCAGUAAAAACAGGCCCGUUCUUAAUUCCUUUAACCAAUAUGAAGCUGCAUCUCCAGGAGAACAGGAGCUGUAUGUCUUCAAUGCUGAUGGGAUUCACCAGUACACUCUGAGCCUCGUUACUGGGGAGUACUUGUACAAUUUCACCUAUAGCAGCGAUAACGAUGUCACGGAGGUGAUGGACAACAACGGCAACUCCUUGAAGGUGCGCCGGGACGCCAGCGGCAUGCCCCGCCACUUACUGAUGCCGGAUAAUCAGAUUGUCACGCUGGCUGUUGGCACUAAUGGUGGACUCAAGCUGGUCUCAACACAGACCCUGGAGCUCGGAUUAAUGACAUAUAAUGGAAACAGUGGUCUCUUAGCAACGAAGAGUGAUGAAACAGGAUGGACAACAUUUUAUGACUAUGAUCAUGAAGGGCGUCUGACCAAUGUAACACGUCCCACUGGAGUGGUAACUAGCCUUCAUCGAGAAAUGGAAAAGUCUAUUACCAUCGACAUUGAGAAUUCUAAUCGGGAUGACGAUGUCACGGUCAUCACAAAUCUCUCCUCUGUGGAGGCUUCCUAUACAGUUGUUCAAGAUCAAGUGAGGAACAGCUACCAGCUCUGUAAUAAUGGUACUUUGAGAGUGAUGUAUGCCAAUGGCAUGAGCAUUAGCUUUCACAGCGAACCUCAUGUCCUGGCUGGGACUGUGACUCCCACCAUAGGACGAUGUAAUAUUUCUCUACCCAUGGAAAAUGGUUUAAACUCAAUUGAAUGGCGCCUGAGGAAGGAGCAGAUUAAAGGCAAAGUGACGGUGUUUGGAAGAAAGCUCAGGGUGCACGGCAGGAACUUGCUGUCCAUCGACUACGACCGCAACAUCCGCACGGAGAAGAUCUACGACGACCACCGCAAAUUCACGCUGCGCAUCAUCUACGACCAGCUGGGCCGGCCGUUCCUCUGGCUGCCCAGCAGCGGCCUGGCUGCUGUCAACGUGUCCUACUUCCUCAACGGGCGCCUGGCAGGGCUGCAGCGCGGGGCCAUGAGCGAGAGGACGGACAUCGACAAGCAGGGCAGGAUCGUGUCGCGCAUGUUCGCCGACGGCAAAGUGUGGAGCUACACCUACCUGGAAAACUCGAUGGUGCUGCUGCUGCAGAGUCAGCGACAGUACAUCUUUGAGUACGACUCCUCGGACCGCCUGCACGCCGUCACCAUGCCCAGCGUGGCUCGGCACAGCAUGUCCACUCACACCUCUGUGGGCUACAUCAGGAACAUCUACAACCCCCCCGAAAGCAACGCCUCCGUCAUUUUUGAUUACAGCGAUGACGGGAGGAUUCUGAAAACAUCCUUUUUAGGUACCGGCCGACAAGUCUUCUACAAGUAUGGAAAGCUAUCCAAGCUGUCUGAAAUUGUUUAUGACAGCACGGCAGUUACUUUUGGAUACGACGAAACUACAGGUGUCCUAAAAAUGGUGAAUUUGCAAAGUGGAGGAUUUUCUUGUACGAUUCGCUAUCGGAAAAUUGGUCCUCUCGUUGACAAACAAAUCUACAGGUUCUCUGAAGAAGGAAUGGUCAAUGCAAGGUUUGAUUAUACGUAUCAUGACAACAGCUUCCGAAUCGCAAGCAUCAAACCCAUCAUAAGUGAGACGCCUCUUCCAGUUGACCUUUACCGUUACGAUGAGAUCUCUGGCAAAGUAGAACAUUUUGGCAAAUUUGGAGUCAUUUAUUAUGAUAUUAACCAAAUUAUCACCACGGCAGUUAUGACCCUGAGCAAGCACUUUGACACCCACGGGCGCAUUAAGGAAGUGCAGUACGAAAUGUUCCGGUCCCUGAUGUACUGGAUGACCGUGCAGUACGACAGCAUGGGAAGGGUGACCAAAAGAGAGCUCAAACUCGGUCCCUACGCCAACACGACCAAGUACACCUAUGAUUACGAUGGAGACGGGCAACUGCAGAGCGUGGCAGUCAAUGACAGGCCCACCUGGCGCUACAGCUACGACCUGAACGGGAACCUCCACCUCCUGAAUCCUGGAAACAGCGUCCGACUGAUGCCGCUGCGCUACGACCUCAGGGACAGGAUCACGCGCCUGGGUGACAUCCCCUACAAGAUCGACGACGACGGGUUCCUGUGGCAGCGGGGUGCGGAUGUGUUUGAGUACAACUCCAAAGGGCUCCUCACAAGAGCUUACAACAAAGCAAAUGGGUGGAGUGUUCAGUACCGCUACGACGGACUGGGCCGAAGGGCUUCCUGCAAGACCAACCUGGGGCACCAUCUACAGUACUUUUAUGCUGACCUUCACAAUCCAACAAGGGUAACUCAUGUCUACAAUCAUUCCAACUCCGAAAUUACCUCUUUGUACUACGAUCUGCAAGGCCACCUCUUUGCAAUGGAGAGCAGCAGUGGGGAAGAGUAUUACGUGGCCUCUGAUAACACAGGCACUCCAUUAGCUGUGUUCAGCAUCAAUGGCCUCAUGAUCAAGCAGCUCCAGUACACGGCCUAUGGGGAGAUCUAUUACGACUCUAACCCAGAUUUCCAGCUGGUCAUUGGGUUCCAUGGAGGGCUGUAUGAUCCUUUAACCAAACUCGUGCAUUUUACCCAAAGGGACUACGAUGUCCUGGCUGGGCGCUGGACAUCUCCUGAUUACACCAUGUGGAAAAAUAUUGGCCAAGAACCUGCUCCUUUCAAUCUGUACAUGUUCAAGAGUAACAACCCUCUCAGCAAUGAACUGGAUCUAAAGAAUUAUGUAACAGAUGUCAAGAGCUGGUUGGUGAUGUUUGGAUUUCAGCUUAGCAACAUCAUUCCUGGGUUCCCUAGAGCAAAAAUGUACUUUGUGUCACCGCCAUACGAGCUGUCUGAGAGUCAAGCAUGUGAAAAUGGACAGCUAAUUACAGGAGUGCAGCAGACAACAGAGCGACACAACCAGGCUUUCAUGGCUCUGGAGGGACAGGUCAUAUCUAAAAGAUUACAUGCCAAAAUUAGAGAAAAAGCAGGCCACUGGUUUGCCACAAGCACUCCCAUCGUGGGGAAAGGAGUCAUGUUUGCCGUGAAGGAAGGCCGUGUGACCACCGGUGUUUCCAGCAUCGCCACAGACGACAGCAGGAAAAUCGCCUCCGUCCUGAACGGCGCUCACUACCUGGAGAAAAUGCACUACAGCAUCGAGGGCAAGGACACCCACUACUUUGUGAAGGUGGGCUCGGCCGACAGCGACCUGGUCACGCUGGCCAUGACCAGCGGGAGGAAGGUCCUGGACAGCGGCAUCAACGUCACCGUCUCCCAGCCCACGCUCCUCAUCAGCGGCAGGACUCGAAGGUUUACGAAUGUUGAGUUUCAGUAUUCCACCCUGCUGAUCAACAUCCGCUACGGACUGACCGCCGACGCGCUGGACGAGGAGAAGGCCAGGGUGUUAGACCAGGCUCGGCAGCGAGCCCUGGCCGCGGCCUGGGCCAAGGAGCAGCAGAAGGCGCGGGACGGACGCGAGGGCAGCCGCGUAUGGACAGACGGAGAGAGGCAGCAGCUCCUCAGCACGGGAAGGGUUCAAGGUUACGAGGGAUAUUAUGUCCUGCCCGUGGAGCAGUACCCAGAGCUAGCAGACAGUAGCAGCAACAUCCAGUUUUUAAGACAGAAUGAAAUGGGAAAGAGGUAACAAAUUAACCUGCUGUCAUCCUUUGCUGGAUGAAUCAGUAGUCAUAACUGUUAUCUCCUCUCCUAAGGAGAUGAAGACCUAAAUGGGGGCACUAGGCUGAGCUACUCUGGGAUAGUAAGUGGCAAAAAAAGCUCAUAUUUUUUGAGUUAAAUGCUACUGUUCAAGUGAUUAAAAACCAUAUCCUGAAGUGGACUAAAGCCAGACUGAAAACUCUUAACCGUACAAAUUAAAAAGUACCCCUGAAAUAUUACCCACUUGUUCUGGGUCUAAAGAAAAACAAAAAGAAGGCCUCGUAUUGUAUUACCUCACUCCAUUCACACGUGAGCAAACUAAGAAAUCCAAGUGGGCCACUUUCACUAACCAGCUGAUGAAACACAGAUGAUUCAGACUGCUUGUUUGAUAAAUAUCCAAGAGGUUUUCAUUUAAAGCAAAAUACAGAUGCAUUUAAAACAUGACUUUGGGGUGAUUUGUGUGUAGCGAAUGGAGGACAAAUGAAAUGCAAGUGAGAGCGCACUGGAAAUAGGAAAGGAAAAUAUAUUUAAAAGUAACAAAACCACACUUGCACUCUGACCCUCCACUUGUCUGGCCUGAAGCUUAACUUAUUCAAAGAGGGCAGAGUGUAACGUUACAUUCAAAAUGGUGGCUAUAAAUCACUACAGAUAAAUUUCAUACUCUGUUUGUCUUUGAAGAUUUCCAUUGUGGACAGUAUAACACAGUUACAGGGUGUAGUCUGUUUAGAUUCAGUAGUUUGUUGGUAUCAGUUCCAGUAGAGCUGUGGGCAUUGUGUUACACUAUUGCAAAUGGGCACCACGUCAGAUCACCCUGUACAUACAUCAGCCAGAAGGCACAAUCACUGUUUCAGAUUUAAAAAUUAUUAGUGUGUUUGUUUGGUCGAGAAACUGAGACAAUCACAUUACGGUCACCACAAAAAAUUAAAAAAAAUUAAAAAAAAAAAAAGAAAAGAAAAAAAAAAGUCUAAUAAGAACUUUGGUACAAGAACUUUUUUGUAAUAUACAUGUAUGAAUUGUUCAUUGAGUUUUUAUAUUAAUUUUAAUUUGCUGCUAAGCAAAGACUAGAGACAGGCAAAGAUAAUUUAUGGCAAAGUGUUUAAAUUGUUUAUACAUAAAUAAAGUCUCUAAAACUCCUGUGAA